GUGGUUAGAUACUUGGUGUCUUGACAAACAUCGAUCGCAUCAGUAGUUGUGAUCGACUUGAACUGAUUUUAUUUAUUGGAGAUUAUUACGCCCUGUAACUUUCAUUUUCCAAGCGUUUUAAAGCAAGCAAUUUUAGAAACCUCAGCGACGAGCUUUUAACUUGUUGGCUUCGUUUGUUUUUGUCCUCCAUCACAACAACUUGAAAUGGCAGCAGAGUGUGUUACUCGAGUCGAGUUGCACAUCUCUUGUAGAGGUUUGCUCGACAGGGACACAACUUCAAAAUCCGAUCCACUGUGUGCUUUGUAUAUUCAAGAUUCACUUGGAAAGUGGGUUGAGUAUGCUAGGACUGAAAAAAUCCAGAAUAACCUUAAUCCAGAUUUUGCUAAAGGAAUUGUGGUGGACUACUACUUUGAGAUGGUUCAGAAACUGAAAUUUUCAGUUUACGAUGUGGAUAACGAGACCAGUUCACUGGGAGAUGACGAUGCUCUGGGUGAUAUGGAGUGUAAUCUUGGGCAGGUGGUUUCAAAGAAGUCCUAUGCAAGUACACUACAAAUCAAUGGAAGGCAAGUGGGAACCAUUAAUGUAUAUGCAGAAGAAUUAAAAGGUGGAAAUGAAAUAGUUAACCUUACUUUCAGGGCAACAAACCUAGACAACAAGGACUUUCUGGGCAAAUCUGAUCCCUUUUUACAAUUGUCUAAACUGAAAAGUGAUGGUGGAACUUUGCUUGUUCAUCGCACUGAGGUUGUCAAGAACAACCUCAAUCCAUCAUGGAUGUCUUUUAGCAUCGCACUGGCAACUCUGUGUGGUGGAGACUAUGAUGCACCAAUUAGGAUUGGCUGUUACGACUGGGAUGAGGAUGACGAUAAUGAUUUGAUUGGUUGUGUGGACAUCACUCUUCGAUCUCUGAUUGACAGUAAAGAGUCAGGGAAAGGACUUGACUUGGUCAAUUCCAAGAAAAAGCAGAAGAAAAAAGGCUAUGUGAACUCAGGAGUACUGUAUGUGUCUCAAUGCAAUGUAUGUAGUCAACAUGUUGGUAUUGACUUCACAGCAUCCAAUGGUGAUCCACGCAAUGCCCAGUCUCUUCAUUAUUUGCAUUCUCAUGAACCCAAUGAGUAUGUCAAGGCUCUAGUAGCUGUUGGUGAAGUUUGUCAAGACUAUGAUACUGAUAAAUUUUUCCCAGCGUUAGGAUUUGGGGCUAAAAUUCCACCAGGCAUGCAGGUUUCCCACGAGUUUCCUUUGAACUUCAACCCGACUAAUCCAUAUUGUCAUGGCAUCCAAGAAAUUGUUCUUGCAUAUCAGAAUUGCAUUCGCCAAGUGCAGCUGUAUGGCCCAACCAAUGUGGCGCCGAUCAUCAAUCACGUGAUUAGAUUUGCUGAGCGAGCGGGCCAGGAAAACACAGCAUCGCAACCUCCAGCAGUCCUGGCCAAACACGUGUUAGCAGAAAUCCCUAAACAAGUCCAGGAACAUUUCAACAAACGUGGCCUCGCCCCCGUGCAGUCAAACGGACCUGAACCACCCUACUUGGGGGGUCUUUAAUGAAAUAUUUAGUUCU